CUUAUGGUGUGACCGCACCGAUGUUGGUCGCGGUGACGCCCCAAGUGAUGCUACAUGGCGACGUUGACAGAGUCCACGGGAUGAUGCUAAUGAUCGUCAGCCUGCUUGUCGCUCAGGGAAACUUCGGGCGCGGUGUAAAGCCCGUGCCGAACAAGACAAUAAAACUAGUAGAAAAAAUCCGUCGUCAGCUCAUGGAAGAUAACUACGACUAUCUUCCUACUGAGGAGGACCUGUUCCCUCCCGCCCACCACUACGACCACGACGUGCCCAACGAUCCUCUUUACGUGGACAAUGACACCCUGGCCGGCUCUGCGGAGAGGCAGGCCAGGCCACACCUCUUCAAACCCAGGGCGAAAGAAUCCAAAGAAGAAUCCAAGAAGUUCGACCACGUCGUGUCCAAGAACGACCUGCUGUACUACAUGGAUGAUGACCGUCUUCGGGAGGCGGCGCUGAACACCUUGGAAGACGUUUCAGGAGACCUCAAAGCUUCUAAUGAUACUGGUCCGAAGACGAAGUACAAAGUUUUAAAGGUAAAGAGCCUGCACCCGAACCGUCGCAGCCUGUCCCAGGGGCGCUUCAUCCAGGAGGAGAGUCCGGCGGGCGUGGCGCUCAUCAGCCUGGACGGCCGCCCCUUCCCCGACUUCCAUCUGCCGCGCUCGCGUCGCCAGUACAUGCCGGCUCGCGACUCCGCUGACCUUAGUGAAGACUCGGGGGAGAAUAACACGCUGUUUGGGUUCAGAUAG